GGGGUUGAGGUUUGAUUCCUCCUCCUCCCCGCAGCAGGUUUCGCUUUGGGAAGACCAGAGACAAGCCUAUUAACAGCCUACUGUUGCGCGGAUGCGGAGAGCAUCGCGCGGGGACAGUCAAUCGCAAUGCAAAAUAUGAAUGCACUGUAGGCUACUACUCGGAACUCCUACUACGGUUCUUCAACAACAACAAUAACAGAGUUUUCCGCACGGACAGCACGCUUCUUUACUGCUAAAGGACGAUUUUUUCGGUUGGGUUUGCGCGUUUGGAGUGAAAAUGCCCUUCUGCAAGCGCACAAUAGUUCCCAAGGAUGUCUGUAAAAACGACGCGAAGAGGCAAACUGCGAUUUUCGGGGACUUGGUAGACGUUUGCGGGUUCACUCUGUGUUCGGUGCUCCGACAGCUCUCGGAUUUAUCCCGGCACUCCGUCAGCAUCUUGGAAGAGCUCGAGGGCGAGCUCGUGUCUAUCUGUCACCGGUCGGGCACGCUCGAGGGCAAGGUGAUCCGUUUACAGCGACACAUCGCUGCGCUCGCCAGUAAGCCACCGCCAAAGACCAACACCAACUUGGACUCGGAGUCGAAGCGUAGUGCGGCUUCGUCGUCGACGGCGACAUCGGGCCACUUCCGGUCUCCAUGGCAACAGAGCGUGAAUGUGUUUGGCUCGUGGAGCAGGCCGGACUGUGUUCAGGAGCUCCAUCAGGAGGCUCAGCUUAACCUGCAGAGCCUGCUGCAAGACUUUGAAGAGCAGCUGUAUGACACCAAGCUAACAGGCCAGACCUUCCGCCACCCAACAGCGUCCUCCCAGAGUUCUGACGACACAUCCACCACCCUCAGUCGCUCCCCUGUCUCCCUCAACAUCAAGAGACCGGACUUCAUCUUCCUGCCGGCGUCUAAGGGGCAGGUGUGUGAGGAGGAUGAGACCUCCUCAGUAAGUAUCAGUAGGGGUACAGACCUGUCCCACUCUCCCUCCCCGUCCCCCUGUGGGUCAGAUCGCCCUCUAGUGGGGUGGAGCAGCACCUCCCUGGGACCCCCCGUGGCCGAGAAACCCCGUUGGCACCUGGGACGACGCACCCCCGCUCACCUGCUACCCCUGGACGUCACAGGUGAGGGUAAACUCUUGGGUGUAGACCUCCUCCAGGGAUCGUGUUCCCCCUGUUCCCCCUCUCCGUCCCUGGGCUGUGGUGGAGGAGGCCAGCCCCGGUCUCUGGAGCCUGUCACAGACACCCCUGUCCAGCACAUACCCCUGAGGAAGACCCAUAGUGACCUGGACCCCAGCCUUCCCCAGUCCCCCAGGACCCCACCUCCUACCCUGGGCACCAUGGACCACUCUGCCGCCCUCCUCUGCUCCAACUCCCCCUCUCAGUCCUGGAACGGCCCCAAGGGCUCCACCUUCUCCCCAGGAGCCUGGAACGAUGCCUAUAGUUAUAGUAUAGCUCCAAGUCCGCUGGGGAAGGGACCUGCGACCAUGCCCAAGGGGGUAAGGAUGGUGGGGAUGGUUGGGGGGCAGGGUGGGGGGUUGAUGUGCCCCUCUCAGACCAGUUCGGGACUCUCCGUGAGCUCAGGGUCGCAGUCUCACUCUAGUUCGUUCACAUCAAUAUCGGAACCUUCCGGACACAGGCACCCAGGCACCAUAGGGAUGAUGAUGGGGAGGCGGAGCGAGACAGAGGGGGCGGCGGCUAGCCCCACUGACGAACAGAGUGGUUCGGAGAGAGGGAUGGGAGGAGGAGAGAGGAGGGAGAGAUCGGCGCGUUCUGUCGCUGCCGCCAAUGCAUUUAAGUUCCGUGAGCGUUCUCUUUCCACGCCGACGGAUUCUGGCUCGUUCUGCUCCGCGGAUAACGUCUGCGGCGGGAUGUACGGCGUCGGCGGACUACCUGGAGCCGGUAACGGGACAAACGGGAACGGCGGCAGCGUUUUAACAGCGAUGCACCACCACCAUUACCCUCGCGGCGAGGGGGGUGAGAGGGGCGAGAGCUACGCCCUCCUCUACCCCAGUGGGAGCUCCGAGGAUGGGAGCGCCAGCAUCGACAAUAUCUCCGUAACUGACAGCAACUUCCCCCCAGACGGUCGCCUAAGGUUACGUUCUCGCUCCAUCUCACUGAAGAAGUCCAAACGCAAACCCCCUCCGCCCGUCCGGAGUGUCUCGCUCAUGAAGAACUUAGGGGAUGCCGAGGGGCGCGUGCAUGGCCACAAUGGAGGUCACUACCGGGACGGCCGCCCCAAAUCCCUCCACAUCCCCCGGGACCACCUCCAGGACUUCCAGACAGACUUCCUCCUACCCUCCUCCUCCUCCCUCUCCAAGCCCGAUCUGGAGAUGCCUGAGCUGGGCCACGUGGAUGGACCCCCUAGCCUGGAGGUCCAGGGACCAGACACAACAGAGCUGUCCUUCCCAGCCCACUGGCAGCUGGAGGAGUGGAAGGCUUCUGACCCCUACAGGUCGUUGUCUGGGUCUAGUACAGCCACAGGGACUACUGUUAUAGAGUGCAUGAAGGUUCGUGGCAGCUCCGAGUCUCUCCUGGACUCCCCCUCCACUUCUAGAGCCACCUCCCCCUCCCUGCUCUCCAUUGAGACAGAGUCGACCAAAGCUUCCUCCCCCUUCAAACCACCAGGACUCAUGUCCCCCUCCAGCGGCUACUCUAGCCAAUCAGAAACUCCGACGCCCAACACCCCCUCCAAUCAGGUGGCAGGAACACCAACAGGGCCCGCCUCCACAUUGGGGUGUAAGAUGCGCCCCAAAAUCCCAGAAAGGAAGUCUUCCUUGCCAGCGACAUCUCCACGGGACCCUGCCGCCCGGUCGAGGCUGUCCUUCGAGAUGCCGGUUAACGCUCAUCUCGAUUUGUCCUCCAUCAAACCGAAACAGAAGGCCAGCCGGCGCCAUUCUGACACUUCCACCGCCGCUAAGCCCGGUAAACUGAGUGCCGGCAGCCAAUCAGCUCUCCCAGUGGUGACCACGAAUGAACUUCGGAACAUCCGCCUGCGUUCUGUCUCCCGUACUGACCUGGAGGUCUGCUCCGAUGGAGCCUCUAAUGACAUCAUCGAGGAGGAGCAGGGUCGCGACCUUUCCCCCCCGCCCGUAACCCCUGGUGGCACCCCCGGCCCCCUCGUCGCCCCCAAACCCAAACCCCCCGUGGCCAUCAAGCCCUCAUUACCCAAACGCCCCCUCAACAUCCUCCUCAAGUCCCCCUCCUCCUCCCCCGUUGCCUCCGACUCCCCCCCUGCCUCCCCUGUUGACCCCCCCCGGCCCAUGCCUAACCCCAGCAUCUACAUGGUGGUAGGUAGGAAGCCCAAGCUGAAGAAAGCCUUCCCUCACACCCCUACCAGCCCCUGUGGACCCCAGGAACAACCCCAAACCUUCCCCCUCCACUAUCCCCAGGGCCUCUACGAUCUCCCCUCCUUCCACCACACCCAGUCCCUGUACGAUCUGCCUCCUCUCCCCCUGCCCCAGCCCCUCCUGGAGGACCCCACCAUGGAGCCGGAGUUCGACCCUGACUUGGAGCUCUGUCUUGGGCCUGAGGAUGGAGGGUCACUCCCCUCUCCCUGCAGUAACCAGGAAGUGCUGGAGACUCAGGAUAAGAGCAAGUCUCUACCUAGCAGGAUGACCAUAUCCUGUCUCGCUGAAUUGGACAAGAAAAAACCCAAGGUUCCUCCGCCGGUUCCAAAGAAGCCCAACGUCCUGCUCCUCCCCAACUCCACCACGGUGCACUCCAACGGUACCACCGACAGACCGGGAACACAGACAGACAGCCCGGUAGCUCUCCGGUCUCCCGUUGGAGUGUUCCCACCAGAAGAGAUUCCUGGGAAAGAGGAAAACCAGGAAAACUACCUGGGAAUGGGAACGGAUGAGGAAAGCUCCAUGGAGUCUUCAUUACAGUCUUCAUUACAGGACUCUUCUCUUACAGUUGUGGAGGGGAGGCUCAACAUUACAGAGACAGGCAGAGGUGAUGAUGCGGAGAGUGUUGAGGAGAGCAGUUCGGUCAUUAGUGACAAGACAGAACUCCACAUCACCGAGGAAAUGGAUGAUGAUGUCAGAGGACACACACCUCCCAUGCACACCACAGAGGACCUGUUCACCAAAAUACACAGGUCAAAGAGGAAAGUCCUGGGCCGUAAGGAACCAGGGGACUCGUUCGGCAGCCGCCAGAGUCUGGUUUCCCCAGUGAAGCACAGCACCAGUGGUGGUGACCUCCGAACCCUGACCCUGGGCUCGACCCCACGCUCCACCUCACGGAACGACAACUUUAUGGCCCUGCUCCAAAAGAAGGGCAGCAAGUCCAGCACGGGAGGGGCCCGCGUCUCUGCCAUGGAACUCCUCAAGAGCACAAACCCCCUCGCGCGACGUGUCACAGAAUUCUCGAUGUCGGCAGAUGGAGGAGGCGAUAUGACCACCGGGAAUAAUGGAACCAGACUGCCUCAGGACCAAUGAGUCAAUCUGAAUCAUUUCAUGUUUUUAAACCACUUGUCCCAGGUCAUCCUCUCUCUCUCUCGCAUACUUACUGUAGCCUUACCAAGACCAAGAGAUCUCCUGGGAAAGUAGAGGUUGAAUAUCGUUAACCACUUUUCGAUCGGACUAUUGAUGGAAGAAGGAACGUCCAACCAGACCACUCAACCACUGAUUGACCUUUCAUGAGCGUUUAUUAACCGCGCAAUGGUUGGACACGAUAUUCACAAUGGUCAUCAAAGGAGUUUCGUUUUUAACACCGUCCAUUCCAUAAUAAGGGGUAUUCUUUUUGGAGGUCUCCUUCAGUCUAAAGGAGAAAAGGAGGAGUUAUAAUUUCGUACUUCAACACAUUAUUUCGCUCGUGUUUUUACUUUGCUGUGUGACUGGUAGUGGAGUCGUGUAUGAGAGAGAGAGAGAGCCAGAGAGAGCGGAUAUACAGGGUCAUUGUGUGAAUACUAUACUAGGGAAUGAAGGAAAGAUUGGAUAACAGCCGAUCUGGGAGUCUGACUGUAUGACUCAAUGAUCUUUGUGGAAAUGAAUGAAUCUGAAAUAUCCAUGGAAACACCACCACUAUAUACCAUAUAUGGUCCAUCCAAAAACCAAACAAUCAUCAACAUCAAUUUCUAAACAGACAGAUUACAGGCCUACUGAAUAGACUGGAUACAUCACAGUCCUAUGCUUGAUGGUGACAGAUGCCACAUUGGUCUUUUGAAGACAUGGUGUGAGUGUAUGUUGUAUUUUCUGUCCCUCACACUAAAAAUGAAAGCGGUUCAAAUCGAAAACAUUCCACGGGAAGAUUGACAGUUGGACAUGGUACCAAGCCCCGCCCCUUUAUGUUUGAAUCAAAGCACUUUGAUGACUGCAUACAGAGGACACAACAACACGUGUCAUCCUUGUUAUUUGUUUGUUUAUGUUUAUCUUUUCAUACGAGAUAGAAGGCCAUAUAAAUGUUUUCUCGGAUUGUAUUUAACCUGUACAAAGAUAUACAUACCUACCGUAUAAACUGAAAUAUAUCCGCUUGAACUGUUCUAAGUGACUAUGGAGAGCCACAGUGUAUAGUAGUACUACUAACAGUAGCAGUACAAUAGUACUACAGUAGUACUAACAGUAGUAGUACAAUAGUACUACAGUAGUACUAUCAGUAGUAGUACAAUAGUACUAUAGUAGUGCUAACAGUAGCAUUACAAUAAUACUACAGUAGUACUAACAGUAGUAGUACAAUAGUACUCCAGUACUACUAACAGUAGUAUUACAAUCGUACUCCAGUAGUACUAACAGUAGUAGUACAGUAGUACACCAGUAGUACUAAGAGUAGUAAUACAGUAGUACUUACAGUAGUACUAACAGUAGUAGUACAAUAGUACUACAGUAGUACUAACAGUAGUAGGCGACUAUGUGAUACACCUCACAGCACACAACAGGAUCAAACCAACUGAACUGAAGGAGCAACGCCAUGGAACACAAGCCCAUGAACCCUUUACCCACGGAUCUCCCCCACACUGCCGCCAGAGUGUAUGUGUGUGUGUGCUUGCGUGUGUGUGUGUGUGUAUACAGGAAAUGAUAACCAAACACAGCAGGCGAGGUGUGAAAGAUGGAGGGCACAGAAUUGAACCCUGUGGAUCUUUCUUAACAGAGAGUAUGAUACAGGGUUGGGUUUAUUAUAGAGGAUUUAGACUGGUUUCUGUUAGGACCAAAGGACUGCCAUAAACAGACCUGGGCUGACUUUUGUGUGCGUGUGCGUGUGCGUGUGCGUGUGUGUGUGUGUGUGUGUGUGUGUGUGGAGACAAGGGGUUCAUUAAUCCGCCCUAAGGAGAGGAUUAAGUGGUCUGAUUCAUGUGGCUGUACUCUUUGGAGUUCUCUGAGACGUUUUGGAACUGAGAGGGGAUUCUGGAACUGAGGGGAUUCCAGAACUGUGAUUAGAACCCACUUUUCUAACAGCCAUCCCAAAACACACAGAGACAGUCCAGGAAUACAGCUAACCAUCCAUCUGCCAUAUUGAAAAAUGAAAAAAAAAAAGGAUAAGGAUGCAUCACCCUCUUCUUUUUGCCCUCUCCACAUGUUUUUUCUCAAACUGUCAAUUUUUUGUGCAGUGGUGAUGCUGCAGCCUUUUCCUAUCCUCCACUCUCCCUCUCUUCUUGUCCUCCUCCUGGAUGGAACACAUGCUCCAUCUGUCUCUAUGCCCAUAGUGCAGCCCCCUCCUCCCCUCAUCCCUCCCUCCUUACCCCUCCCAUUCUUUCUAUGCAUCGGAGCUUCACGUUCACAGACGACACAGCCUGAAUGUCAAUGAUUGCUAGGAAGGAAAAAAAGGAUGCCGCGUUGGUGUUGUGUUCAAGAGCGCUACGUUCAAAUUCCUCUUUCAAUCCACCCCUCUCUGUCAGAAAUACAAACUUGUUUUUUUUUUAUCCUUCCGCUACGUUCUGCAUCUGUCCAUAUAUCCAGACCAACCAUCCAUGUUACAAGGAAAACUGGAGGGUGGAUUGUGUGAAAGAACACACAGAAACAGAGUGAAAAGGGACAGUGUGUGUGAAUGUCUGGAUGUGUACCUAAAGGAAAGGAUCGUGGACUCUGGACCCACUCAGACUGUGAACACUGAUCUUAACCCAUCCUCCUUUCACCACACUUUUCCAGAAUCAUUACAUUGGGGCUGUGCAAACCCUGGUGCUAUUAAGAUAGAGCUCCCCCUAUGGACGAAGAGAGGGAGCACACCCUAUAAGACCACUGCUCUGUCCCUCCAGCAACAACACAGAGACACAACGACUCCAGAUUACUAUCUGGAUGCUCUUUUUGUUAUAUCGGUCAUUCAGGAAACCAGAACAACAACAACAACAACCACAACAACCUAUAAAGACAAUGAAAAUAUGGAAAAAAACGAUGUAAAUGAACACGUUAUUAAUAAAUAGUCAAGUGACGCUUGUUUUAAAUAUUUAGUGAAUGGAACUAUAAAAAAAAAAACUUUGACAAAACUCAGUGUUAGUUUGCCUUGUAUUCUGGCGUGAUGUUUACCCCUUUGUGUUUUCUGCAUAGAAAUAUAAUUACUAGAAUGGACAUCCCUAUUGAAGUCAAUGGAGCAAUAAUGUGAAAUUGCUAUGGUCAGAGGUUCUAUGCCCAUUCUACUGAUUCUAUUCUAUGGUUUUCAGCUACCUUGGUAUUACACUCCCUUAGAGGUAUGCAGAAUUGUUACUUUUUCUGUUCUGAAGUACUGUAGUUAUUAUGGUUACUACGAUAAUGCUGUAUACUAUGGUUACUACAGUCAUAUACUGUGGUUAUUACGGUAAUACUGUGUAAUAUGGUUACUACAGUCAUAUACUGUGGUUAUUACGGUAAUACUGUAUAAUAUGGUUACUACUGUCAUAUACUGUGGUAAUUACGGUAAUACUGUAUAAUAUGGUUACUACUGUCAUAUACUGUGGUUAUUACGGUAAUACUGUAUAAUAUAGUUACUACUGUCAAAUACUAUGGCUGUUACAGCAAUGGUCGUCACUAUUCCUACUAUUACUACUCUUGGCUGUACCCAUAUAUUGUUCAUAAAACACAGGUACAAUGAAAGAGAAACGGAGAGAGAAAGAAAGAGAAGGAGAAAGAGUUGAAAAAAAUGCAAGCAAUAGAUAGAUGACUUAGCCCAAGGCCGAGGAUAAGGCAGAAACACAUUUUCACACACCGAGGCUAAUUACUCACUAAAUACUGUAACUCUCAAUCCAGUUACAGAUUCUAGCUAUAGUCACAGAAAGGUUGCACAGCGCUACACACACACACACACACACACACACACACACACACACACACACACACACACACACACACACA